GACGCGGAUAGGUGUCACUUAUUAUUGUUUUUCCCCUUUCUCCCUCGUUUUGGCUCUGAAUAUUUUAUCUGUGAUUACUGCUAAAGUAAAAUGUUACAAUGCAAGAAAUCAUUCUUAACUAAUAGUGUUACAGUUUAUAAGCAGAAGUCUAGAUUUAUUAAUAAUGUGCUACCCUCGCUACAAUGCAAAAACUACUCGUCUGAUAAUGAAAGAUAUUUGCACAAAUCAAGAGUUCCCACAAUGCACUUCCAACCAUCUCUACCACGAUUACCUAUUCCCCGUCUUGAAGACACCUGCCAGCGAUAUUUAAAUGCUCAAUUGCCAUUACUGGACGCUACACAUUUUGAGGAUACCAAAAGACUGGUUGCUAACUUCCAGUCGGAAGCUGGAAAAGACCUGAACCAAAGGCUGGUUGCCCAAGACAAAGCAAAUAAACACACAAGCUAUAUCACUGGCUCAUGGUUUGAUAUGUAUUUACGAGAUCGACAGCCUAUUGUUUUGAACUACAACCCAUUUAUUUCCUAUAUUGAUGAUCCAAAGACAGCUUACAAUGAUCAAACAAUCAGAGCUGCAAAUUUCUUGAUCUCAGCCAUCAGGUUCAGGGAAACUUUGAAUGCUGGCCUACUUGAACCUGAAGUAUACCACCUAAACUCCAAAAAGAGCGACACGGAUACAUUCCGGAAAGUUGUUCGCAUGCUGCCAUCUUCGCUCUCUUGGUACGGCGCCUACCUAUACAACGCAUAUCCGUUGGACAUGUCUCAGUACCCCAGUUUGUUCAAUUCAACCAGAGUCCCCGAAAUCGGAAAAGAUCGCCUUGUUCGGUUUGAAAAGGCAAAGCAUGUGUUGGUUAUGCGAGGCGGGCAUUUCUACGUUUUUGACGUCUUGGAUAAAGAUGGCAACUUAUUGGAGCCAUUGGAUAUUUAUAGUUGUUUGAAGUAUAUCCAGCAAGAUCCGAUUGCCCCAUCGCAACAUCCAAUUGGCUAUUUAACUGCCGAAAAUCGCGACACGUGGGCCAAUGCUCGUCAAUUACUGAUGGAAAAUAAUAGCGGUCAGAUGGAAGAUAUUGACAGUGCGCUUUUUAACUUGGUUCUGGACGACGUCGGCACUGACAACGAUCCAGUCAAAAUAUCAAAACUGUUUCUCCAUGGCAACGGGGCUAACCGGUGGUUCGACAAAUCGUUUUCUCUAAUCGUUGCUCGGGACGGCAAGGCAGCCGUGAAUUUCGAGCAUUCAUGGGGAGAUGGGGUGGCUGUGAUGAGAUUUCUCAACGAAUCGUUUAAAGAUUCUACGGGAAAACCUCGAGUCCAUCCGGAUGAAGUCGCUGGAAUGGUUCCACGUCGCGACUUCGAUCCGUCAUAUCACGUCAAACGUCUUGAAUUCAAAUUGAGUGAUCGCCUCAAAGCGGCAGUGAGCGACGCUCGACAGCGUUUCGAUCAAACCACAGGCGCUUUGACAGUCGACUUAUUUAUCUACAACGGCUUUAGUAAACACUUUUGCAAGGAGCAACAAGUCAGCCCAGACGCAAUGAUGCAACUAGGUUUUCAAGUAGCCUAUCAACUGCAGAAUGGCGGUACGUGCUCCACCUAUGAGUCGUGCAGUACGUCUGCCUUCAAGCACGGCCGAACGGAAACAAUUCGACCGUGCACGUCGCAGACCACUGCCUUUAGUCGGGCUAUUACCGCGUCUUCGGGAAAGCACACCCAGUCGGAGUUGCGUGCCAUGAUUACCGAUUGUUCCAAAGUUCAUGGCCAGCUGACUAAAGAAGCAGCGAUGGGGCAAGGAUUCGAUCGCCAUUUGUUUGCCCUCAAGUAUUUAGCCCAGCAACAGUCGCUGCCCAUCCCGGCUCUGUAUCAAGAUCCAGCUUAUGCAGCCAUCAAUCAUAACAUUCUGUCGACGUCAACACUGGGAAGUCCGGCUGUCGAGUUGGGUGGUUUCGCUCCGGUCGCACAUGAUGGAUACGGCAUUGGGUACUCGAUCCAGGACAACCGACUGGGUGCUGUGGUGACCACUUACCCGCCACACCGAAACGGCUCCGAUUUCGUUUCUUGUUUAGAGUCCGCCUUCCGCCGGAUCGAAGAUGUCUUGCGUAAAAAGAAUUGACAGAUAUCUGUUGUUUUACGCUAGAUUUUUAAUAACCUGCAAUAAUAUAACGAGAAGUAUUUGAUCCAAAA